AAAAAGUCUCGUCGUCGUCGUCGCCUUCUUCUUCCCUUCCGCCCUUUCCGCCCCUUUCCCCCCAGCUACUCCCGGCAUCUUUGCCCUUUUCGUCCUUCUUUUGGUGGUUCAUCCUUCUUUUUGCCGCCCGCUUGGAUACACGGCGAAACGAGAAAGAACGGAUCAUUGGCGCGGGCUGGGGAGAAUAGCAUCAUUUUCGUUUUUGAAUCAUCCUCCUCUUGCGUGUUUUUCUCGCAUUCCCAUUUCGUACAGUGGUGAAAUCAACCCGAAAGGCAUCAUCGUUUCAUACAGCAUAUCUUGUUGACUUUUGUGCCAUCCUCCAAAACGCCUCUGAACACGCCAAAAGAAACACUAUGACCUUGUCCUUUUUUCCUCUCGUGUCGCAUCAGCAACAUCCGCGUCCGGUCAAGGGAGCUGCAGGACGAAUUUCAAGUCCGGUAUUAGUCCAUGCAACAACAGCAUCAACAACGACAACACCGACGGCGAGUCCGAUAGCACCCAAACCAGUCACGUGCCAUGUCAAGGCCGAGUUUCCUUCUCCGCCAUGCUCGCCACUCGAAGACAAUAUGCUGGCCAAUCCGCAAUUCCACAUUGACGCGCGAUUAUUUGCACCGCUAAUGGCCCACGACGCGACAGAAGCUGUUGGACGCGUGGAUGAGGGCUACUGUAGUUGGGAAACAACGCACAUGUCGCCGAUUGAAAGAGCUCUUCAUUGCGGUUUGGAUGAAAGUUACGGAGCGGUCGACUUGCCAAUGUCACCUGGAGCCCAGCAUCUCCACUCGAUCGCGCAUGAUACAGUUGCCCUAGAAAGCUAUAUGAACGGGAUCCAUCUGUCAGACUGCCAACCGCAACUUUUACCCGACCCUUCACAUCAAUCCCUGAACGAGAACAUGCUCCGCCAUCCGGUGUAUCCUGCUGAUUAUGAAUGGGGACUUUCUGGGUGGGAUGCAUCUAAUUCGGAAAAUAUGGCUAUGACGGAUGCCAUCUAUGGAAAGCAGAGCGGGUCUACAGAUGUGGUGACAAACAGCCCCAUUAUUACAGACUUACCUCGUGAACAGGCGCAAUUCUAUCAAAUGUCGACACCAGUCAGCCCAGCCAAUGUCUUUGCUCCUCCGAGCGUAAACGACAUGGAAAUGGCCCUGCACCCGACAAUUCAGACCAGCUACGAAUUGACGAUCCCACCCUCCCUUCUCACACCGCCGGCACCUUGUUCACCUGAGGAUGACGCGCCGAUGCCAACUGUCGUCUCUCCGACGAUGGAAAAUAUUCCCUCUUCGCCAAUGUCGCCGCUGACACCCAUUUCUCCGGAACAUUUGUCAGCUCCAUCGUCGCCGAUUGCAUCUCCGCCGGCCCAACCAUUCUUUGGGGAGCUUGUUUUCUCGCCCUCUGAACCGACGAUCAAGACUGAAUCUCCAAAGAGCGCAAAGACUCCCCGGCAUCGCAGCACAUCGUCCAUCUCUACAGUGUCCUCUUUUGGUGAUGCUUCCACGUCUUCAUUCUCAGACAUUGACCCUGAGGAAUUUUCUGAAGGGGGAGUGUGCUCUGACACCAAAACCGUCUACCUUUUCGUCAAUGAGAGUCAUGGCUGCGACGACAAGAAGCAGAAAGGACCUCGUGGAGAGCACAACUGCUUCAAAUGUGUCUGUGGAAAGCUUUUUAAAAAGUUGUAUAACCUCAAGAACCACUACAAGCAGCAUCAGAAGGACAAGCCGUAUGUCUGCGAAGUCUGUAAGCGCGGAUUCAUGCGUAAACACGACCUCAAGAGGCAUUCCACCACCCACUUGGAGAAUUUCAAGCCUUACUCGUGCGAGGAUUGCAAAACGACAUUUACCAGGCUCGACGCGUUGCACCGGCAUAUCAAAGCCAAGCGGUGCAAGGGACAAUAGAUUCUUGGAUUCUCCAUCACACCGAGGAUAGCUCUCACCGAAACCCAUAAGCCAUUUGAUCGAAUAACCUGAACAUCCAAAAGCAAAAAAACAAAAAAAAAUCACCAGCUGCCAGCAGGCACGUUAGAACUUCUACGCAUUCUUUUAUCCUAUCGAAUUCAUCGAAUUUUUUUCACCUACGGUUGUGCGGCUUUGUCGAUGACGACCCAUCAUUUUUUCCCUUCGCUGCCUCUCCGCCUCACACCUAUUCGAACGAACCAUCAUGUUUGUUGUGUCAACCCCUUCCCAAUUUUCUUGUCUUUCUUUUUCAUUCCCUCCUGCACGUACUUUCCCUUUUCCGUACUCUUAUCCGUACCUAAUUUGUUUCCCCGUUGCGACCCGGCGCUGUUUAGCGUCUCGAUGGGCUUUUGUUCCUCUACCGAAAUCGACUGAUUGGUGGAGGAGCGCAAAGCGCAUACUGUUUAUAUCCCAUACCCUCGACACGAAUUAUACCUGUUAUCGACUCGUUUCGCGCCCUUUCACCACGCCUCUGUAUAUGCGUUUAUAUUUGUGUAUAUGCCUCAUAUUUCGGAUACGCCCGCCUGUCAGUAUUAUUUCCGGUAUAUUACUUUUGUCAAUAUCUUAGGCGCAUGGAUCCUUUUUGUUUUUCCUCUCCCCCCUAUCCAUCGCAUUUUUUCCCCGCUUUUGGGGAGAUUGCCUAUUUGGAUUGUGGCGGGGGUGGGCGAACAGAAAGGACAUCCUUUCCCCCAACCUCUCACGCGAAGUGACAAUCAAAGCCCCUCUACCCGAUUAGAAGCUAAAGGAAAUAUGCAGACGGGCCGGAACUCAUCGAAACCUCUUUUUUGAACGCGAAUGCAUUGUAUAUAGGCUGUGGACCGUUUUUUUCUUACAUAUAUAGAGAGGGCGUGGAUCGAGUGAAAUGGUUUGUAUAUACUCGAGUGGGGUGGGAUAAGGUAGCUUUGGGGGGGACUUUUGAUUUGGUCUGGAUGUGCAUGAUGAUGGGAAAUGAAACAAAAAGAAACAUCUCGUUUUUUUGUUCAGUUCCGCAGUCUUGUCCCCCUUUUUUUUUCUGUAGUCUCUUGUCUAGUAUUUUUUAGUUUCCCUUUUUGUGUAGUUAUCACGGAUAUUUGUCUAUGGACGGAUGGUUGGGUUCGUUGCUAAUGGCUUUUGGGAGGUUGGUGUCGGCCUUGUGUGUGUAUGUGUUUUGUUAAGAUAGAGAAGACGUCAGUAUUUUCAGUACAUGAUUCGUACCUAUAGAUGAUUUUGGUUAAACGCA